AUGGUUCACUGGGAGCAAACAUGGCACAAGGUCAAGAACAUGCGCUUCAAUGCUGCUAUCGACUGGAAAUCCCUUCUACCUUUCUGCUUUUGGAGCCUAUGGCUUACAAGGAACAAUAAUGUUUUUGACAAGAAGAAGAACUUCACCCGUAUUAAACAAACCAUUGCUAGAGCUACUGAAUAUUAUCAUGUAGUUGUCCAUCACAGGAGCAAAGGGGAAAGCAAUGCAAUACAUAUUGAAUGGGAGCUUGGCUCCUAUAAGCUAAACACAGAUGGGGCUGCUUGCCACAAAACAAGAGUAGGAGGGGCUGGAGGUGUCUUCAGGAACAACAUGGGUGACUUGGUGUUAUACAUACGGGGCUUACCACAUACUAUUAGUAUAGAGGCUGAAUUCUAUGCACUUUGGCAGGGCCUCAAAAUAGCCAUUGACCAUAACUUCACACCUCUACAAAUUUGCAUUGAUUCUAAACAAGUUGUAAGGAUGUUAAAUGAGAGAAACCUCCACUAUAACUCUAUUAAUUUUGAAUACAGGUCAUUGAUAGAGCAACUGGGGAAUCCAGCAUUAGGACAUAAUUUCAGAGAGCUGAAUCAAGUGGCGGACCUCCUCGCAAAGGAAGGAGCAGCAAGGAAAUUGUCUGGUAGAACACAAGUUUUGACAGUUCCUCCAAUAUUUGUAAACAAGGCCAUGUGGGCAGACAUCCUAGGAACUGUUUUUGUACGUAACAUCAGGAAAAAUACCAUUGUAAUGCAAAACAAUGACAAUGCAACUCUAGAGAGAAGUAGCUCUCAAACAAUAGUGUAA